AUGUUUCAUAUUCCAGUUAGCCGUGACUCGGUUCAGGAGGAGGAAAGAGGUGAAGCAAUAGUUCAAAACGAUGAUAACAAGAAAAGAAAACAGGUUGGUACUGAUGGAGAAAAGGAAGAAGUUUUUCUUGUGAACCAGGUUUGUCUUUUGUCUUUGAAAUGUGAUAUUUUUUCGUGAAUUCUUCGUUACUUCGAGAACUUCCCAACAGUAAUUAUUAUGAAUUGAUUGUUGCUUUCAUAAGUUAGGUUUUAGUGAGAAACUCACCACGGCUUCCCUGCCCUUUACUACGAUGUCCGUAUGGAAAAUAUGUAAUAAUAUCCAAAUCGUGGUAAUUGUAUUAGCUCAAUGCUUGAACUUACAGAGAAUUUUCUGUCAUCAAUAACAACUUUAAAUGUCUGAAUAAUAAUCGAAUCGGGGGAUGAAGAGGAAUAAUCCGGUGUUUAUUAUUCCAGCUGGAAAGUUUCCGUUAUUCAAUUAUUCCAGUAAAAAAGAACUCAUUAUUCCGUCGAAAAAACCUACUUAUUCAAUUAUUCCGCCCCACAAAAUGGCGUUAUUUCCUUUUUUCUUACUCCAUUAUUUCUCUUCACCCCCAAAAUCGAGCCAGGUACGGUGAGUCUUCUAGAAUCAGAAUCAACAGUUAUUUUGUUUGUUUUUUUUUUUUCGUACUCUGCUACAGGUUGGCGAUCCAAACAAAGACAGUGUUAGUGAACUGACAUUAACAGGACCUGAUCAUGAGUUACUGGUUGAUACUACGUCACCUUCAGAGGAGAUCAAGGAGCGAGCAGUUCAGUUAAUAAAGGAAAUGCAAGAUGAAGAUUUUAAGCCUGAAGAAUCUGUUGUCAGUAUUGAACUGUGGGAUUUUGCUGGACAGCACCUGUAUUAUGCAUCCCAUCCCGUAUUCUUAUCAUCACGUGCGCUGUAUAUCUUGGUGUGCAACCUCAGCAAGUCACUGCAUGACACAGCCAAGCCCUGUAUGAGGCAAGGGUCUCGUAAUGUUGAUUUGGAAAACCCAAAUGGAGAAACAAAUCUUGAGAACUUGUUGUCUUGGCUGUCCACAGUGCAUAGCGUCGCGCAGAUGAGAAGAAAAACCUGUGAUGAUGUAGAAGAAGAGGUGCCUCAUUUGCGCCCAGAAACAAUGAAAACAGAAAUCCAGAACGCAAUUGCUGGUAAGGACUAUGAAGGACAUGUGGUGCGGCCUAUCUUCAGCAUUGACAACACUGCAAAAUUAACUCAAAGAAAGAUCAAGACAAUGGUUUUCGGGAAAGAUGAAAACAUUGAUGAGAUCCAAGCUUUACAAAUCAAAAUUAUGGAAGUGCUAAGACAGGAGCCUUACAUUGGGGAGAGGAUACCUAUAAGGUAAAAAAUGGUUAUACGAAAACAGAAUCCAUUAGAGUAAAUAUUAGAUAAUUUUGUUGUGAAGGUUUGAGCUGUGAUCGCACUGAAAUUACUGUUUAUGUGUAUGGCCUUUGUUUUCGCCAGUCCCUUUAAGAUUUUUGUUUGAUGUGCAAUGUGUUUCAGAUGUCUUAAGUAACUCAGUGACUGUGACGCUUUUAAAAGCGUGACCGCAAAACAUCUAAAGGCUGGUUCAUUGUAGUCCUUUACUUUGGUUAAAAAAAUUACAGCAAGAACAGAAAAAAUUCAGUGAUUCCUGUAUGAGCCACCUGGCGGUCAUAAGAAAUGAAUAUCUCGUUGAUUGAAACAAGUUAACCGUGAAAAGCAGUUUUGACUGGCCUUAUGGAAUAUUCUACCCUGAAGGGUUUUAUAAUCUUUUUUCGAAUUAGCUGAAAAGCAUUGCGUACAUUUGAUUGUCGAUUUUAAAAAGGUAAAGUAAAGUGGAUUACACACCCGUUCAAUCUGUAGUUAACUGCAUAACUGCACACGCUGACCAUUUAGAACAUGACCAGCUGUAUUAGUUAAGCUUAUUUAAGGAUAUAUUGAUCUCACUUUAAGUUUGGAAAGACCAUCAAUACUGUCAUGUUUUGGAACGUGUGUAUGCUUCUGGCCCCGGUUGUUCAAACGACGAAUCACUAUUAAGCUGGAAAAUAUUAGGAAACCUUAUGGCACUUUCCACUGGAUUUUGGACAGAUACCCAUGUAUUUAUCCAGUGGAUAGAGUUAUCCACCUUUCACACAACUGGGUCCUGUACUUUAGUCAGUACAGGUAUACUGUGUAUAUGUGACAUGGAUACUUAAACGCGUGCUAUCAAUUUUCUCUUUGGUUUUGUAAACUAGGUGGCUGAACUUUGAGAAAGGUAUCAACGCUUUGCUUUCCAAGCCAGUUUAUUACCUGAGUAUAACAGAGCUACGGACCCUUGCCAAGGAGAAGUGCUUUAUCCAUGAUAAGAAAGAGUUUACCACCAUGGUGAAUUUCUAUCAUGACUUGGGGAUAAUUAUCAAGCACCGUAGCACAGUUAUCUUGAGUACCCUGUGGCUGAUAAAAUUGUUCGGACAGCUGAUAACUAUUCCAGAUUUUACGAAAAUGGUAAGAAAUGGAUUUUAAACGAGUUUUAAAACUUGCAAGGUUUAUAAUGGUCCACAUUUUGGAUGACAUCACAGGUUUCCAACCGUGCUGUAGCUAAUAUAAAUAAUUAUAUCAAGUGCAUUGCCGCUAUCUUUUUGAAAAUGUUAACUGUUCCUCAAAUAUUUGUAAACAGCAAAAUCGUAGUGGAUUGUGCUGCUACCUAAUAUUUCCCCAGUGUAAAACAGUUAGGGUAGACGACGUAAUUCUGAAAUGAAAUCUUAUAACAAACCUAUAACAACUGAAUUAGUGCUAACACCUGGUGGGCAGUCGUCCCUGUAAUCAGCCCGCUAUACUGACGUCACUAAGAGUAAACAUUACAAUGAAACAUUGUCACUGCACUUUCUUAUUUGAACGUUGUAAUAUCCCAAGAGGAUUCUUGUUUCAAUUUCGAAGGACAUCAGGUGACAUCACGAGGUACCCGCUAACAAUAAGAGGAGCUUAUAACCAAUUUACCUGCAAUUUACCUUUUAUGUAGGCUCAAAGGAAUCGGACAACCAAACAGAGUGAAAAUACAUAUUGUAUGUAGAAAGGAAACCUGACUUUUCACCGCCCAAACUGAUGCACGCGAGAAGCGAAUUGCGAAAAAUUUAUAACACUGCUCAACCUACACAAAAAAACGAAGAAGUUUAGCUUGUACCAAGCAAUAUUGUCUCCUACGCUGACUUCCUUUUGGCUCGUUACGCAACCCUCUUUAACUAGAUUACAAGUAGUCUCUUCCUCAGGGAUAGUGGAGCGAGCGAAUUACGCGAGCGCGCGUGAAAUUUGUCAUCCUCGAGGAAGGUGACAAACGCUCCUGUAUUUUAAUCGCUCAAAUAUCCCAGGGGAAAAUAAGGGGCUACUCGUAGUCUAUCCUCAGUAGUAUAUUAGGCAUAGAAUCAGCCUUUUUUUGCGGUGGAAUCUUCGCUGGAAUACAUAAACGCUGAUGACGUCAUAACCUUUUGUCUUUAUCUCAUGAAUAAUAUGCGGUUGAAUCUCUUUAAAGGGUUAAAAAUAGCACACGACCUUAUCUUAGAGCCAGUUUACAUCCAGGUGGAGGACCCUAGGUAGGUGAGGUAGCCCGCUGCUGGUCACCCCAGCUAUCAUGUAAACGUGGUCAAAUUAAAAUGAGACAUUAUGUGGACAGGCGGGUUACCCCAUCUAAGCGGGUUACCUCACCUGCCUGGGGUCCCCCACCUCCAUGUACACAGGCCCUAAGAUAAGGUCGUGUGCUAUUUUUAACCCUUUGGACAGGUUUUCCAGUUAUUUCUUGGUAGAUGAAGGUCUUGCUGUUUUAUUAGUUGACGACUACAUGUAGGAACUAGGAAAAGUAUUCAUUGGUUGAUUCAGGUUGUCGAAGGAAUAAGCGCUAACUCGCCUGUGACGUAGUUAUGCAAGUUACAUUUCAUACCGCUUUCAUUGUUCAAUAAGUUGUUCCGGUUUACUAUGCGCGCAAAUCGUUAAUCUUUCAUGAGUACGAAGCCACACUAGCCCUUUCUACCACGAAGAACAUUUUUCCACUUUCCCACAUCCCUUUUUCCUUUUCCACAUUUCAUUGUUUCACAUUGUUUCCUUCCACCACGACAACCACGUUUCUAUUGUUUUCUCUCAGCGCGAGGUUAUGGUGAACGUUGUAAAGAAAAGAAAACUUAACUUCGUAAAUCUUCUAACGUGAUUGGAAAGAAUUGUGUGACGAACCAAACGGAAGGGCUGCUUAGAAGGCUAUCCUCUUUACUUUUAUUCACACAGUAGUACUUGCUAGGCAGACUACGUAACUUUUUCUUUAUAUGCGUCCUCACACAAAAACGGAAAACUCUAGAUCUUUUUCUUGGUUUGUUUAUUAAAAUAUUAGAUAAAAUAACCUACAAUUCACAAGUGCAUUAAUUAACUGGCUCAAAAUUCUCCCAAGAUAUCACUAUUUUAAGAAGGCUUUGUUAUUGUCCUUCACCUUAUUCCGUCUUAGGUUCCUAAGGUUGCCAAGCACUGGAAGGAAGUUAAAGAAAGCGGUGUUCUCUCCAUGGAACUGGUUGAUCUUGUGUUUUCCAACUUUCUCUUGGAAGGUGUUGCCAGGAAAGACAUUCUUGAUUUGAUGGAACAAUUUGGAUUGAUUGCAAAAUUUUCAUCUUCAAAGACAGGUGAAAAGUAUUUUGUUCCAUCUCAUCUCAAAGCGUCACCUGAUUCCCUUUGUUCCAUGGCGCCCUCAAGGCUGGACCCAUGUCCCCUGUAUGUUUACUUUGUCAGCGGCUCUGUACCCCAUGGUCUGUUCACACGCCUUGUUUCUCGAUCUGUCCGUUGGUGUUCUGAAGCUGGUCCAACACAGCCCCCUACCCUGUUCCAAAAUGGAGCGUGGUUUGUUAUUGGACAGCAAAGUUUCCAUGAUUUUGUUCUUAUUUGUAAGAAGCAGUUUAUUAAGUUUUUUAUCAAGCAAAGAAACCAACCUCAGCAGAUCUCAGUAGAUGACACAAGUGAGGUGGCGGUGCAGGUUCGUGAGUUUGUGGAGGCAACUUUCCAAGUUUUGUCACGUGAUCUCUAUAAAGGUGGAUUGCAGUAUCAAAUUCGGGUCGCCUGUCCGUAUUGUCAGCGGGAAAAAUGCUCAAGCCACAAUCAGAUUGCAUGUUCUCAUGAAGAUUGUCUUCACCUCCUUGAGUUACGACAAGGCGUUCCCCUGAUUUGCAAGAAGAAACCUGCAGAGGAGGUACUCACGGUUACGGGACAAGAACAGUGGUUCUCACAAAUAGAAAGUAAGGUAGGUAGCAGUGAAAUGCAAUCUCUAGCAGUGCUGUUAACAUAUUACAUAUCAAUCGAUUACAUAUACUACCUCAAAUUGUGUCUUUAUAAAGAGUAGCCACAGUGACUGUAGCCAUAUAUUUAAACGAAAGAGGCUUCAACAAAGUCCAUGGAUGUGCUUUGUUAAGGUUAUAGUAUGAGGUUUAACGUAUGCCUUUAUUUAUCUUACCACAAACUCCACUGGAGUGUUAGAGAAGGCUUUGUUGCUAUCAACUUAGCGAACAUUGGUACUUAAAAUCAAGUAAGUUGAUAAGGUCAAUUGGCUACCAUGUAUUAAUAAUUCUUAUUGGCGUGUAGGCAUCGCAGUUGGUAUAUAACUUUUUUUCAAGGUCUUUGUAAAUGUGCUGUUUUGCUUUGCGGUUGAGCAAUAAGUUUGUAGCAUCUACCUCGUUGAUAAAAUGUUUUGCAAACUUUCAUUUAAAAAGGUAGAAGCCCCCAGAUAUGAAAUUUUUAUUUUAAAGUAUCCAAUUUUGGUUGCUACGCAGGAAGCGUGUACUCCAUCAUCAUCACCUGAUACCGCUCAGGCUCGUCCAGAGCGUCUGGUACUGAAAGUUACCCUUUUAGCGAAUGAGUGGGGGUCGUCCAAGGGUGGCUUGUCAACAAUAAACAGGACUCUUGCCAUACAUUUGGCAAAAGACCCACACGUAGAAGUCACCAUUCUUGUACCUGAAUUUGAGUGUGGCGAAGAGCAUAAGAGAGCUGCCAAAAGUCACAACAUUUCCAUCCGGGAAGCAGGGCGCCUUCCUGCCUACAGUGAUCCUCUUGACUGGUUGAUCGUUCCCCCAGAAGACCUUGACGUUCAGGUUGUGAUCGGCCAUGGAGCAAAGCUUGGUAGACAAGCACAGAUUAUAAGAAAGUCUCAUUGCUGUAAGUGGGUGCAGGUUGUUCACACUGAGCCUGAAGAGCUGGCAAUGCAUAAGAACUAUCCAAGCGCCAUUGCCAAGGGAGAAGGGAAGAACAGAGCUGAGGUUGAACUUUGUCAAAUUGCAGAUCUCGUUGUAGCCGUUGGACCCAAAUUGAAACACGCGAUCUCGUCGCAGUUGCGUUCAUCUCGUCGAGAAAUCUUUCAAUUAAUACCAGGUUCCUUUAGAGAGUUUUCAGAUGUUGAGCAUUCUGAACAAGAGAAUAUGAAUUUCAAAGUGUUAACCUUCGGUCGCGGUGAUUUUGAAGACUUUAGUCUUAAAGGAUACGACAUUGCCGCUCAAUCCAUAGUUGAAUUGAAGGACAGUUCCUAUAGUCUUGUUUUCGUUGGUGCAUCCGAUGGAAGGCAGGAUGACGUCGCAGAAAUCUUACUCCAGACUGCCAUUUCAAAGAACCAGCUGAUUGUGAGAUCAUUUGUGAAAGACAAACAAAGAUUGAGAGAAUUGUUUUGUGAAGUCGACCUGGCCAUUAUGCCAUCAAGAACUGAGGGGUUUGGUUUGACAGCAUUGGAGGCCAUGUCAGCUGAUCUUCCCAUUCUAGUUAGUGGAAACUCUGGAUUUGGAAAAGCAUUGCGUGGUCUUCCAAUGGGUGAAUCAUUUGUGAUCGACUCUGAUGACCCCAAGGAAUGGGCAAAGGCAAUUGCAGCCAUCCGUCAAAAAUCAAGGGCGCAGCGGCUUGAGGAAAUCCAAAGACUGCGAAGAAGUUAUGAUGAAAGAUUCUCUUGGGAGAAACAGUGCCAGUCUCUUGUUGACAGGAUGUGGAAGAUGGUCUAUGGUAAGAAAUCAAAUUUACCGAUAGAAAAGUAAUGAUAAUAAUAAUAAUUAGUACCUGAUGAUUUUCAAAUGCGUACCUUUUCAGUAUUAUCCUCCACUUGGUUUUCAUAAUUCAUCUCUGUAUGUCCAUCGCUUCUGCAACAGCGGUUGCAUAAAUACAUUUUUACUAUAUUAUGUUUCGUGGUCCAUGUGCAUCCCUGCAGAAAUAUUUUUGUUAACCUUUUAUCCUUAAUGUUGGCAUUCACUUUCUCCACACUGUUCUUCAUACAUUUCUUGUGUUACUGAUGAGGAGAAUUUGUUUAACAAUCAAGAUCUUUUUUUACCGGCUGAUCAGUUCCAUUUUUUAAAACUUUCAUGUAUAAUUUUAUAACAUAUGGGCUACAAUUGAAAGAGUUAACGAUAAAUUGAAAUUUUAAAUCCAUAAGAUUGCGAUACAUCAAAGGUAUCUGAUUUCUAUUCAUAUCCAGUAGCAAUGCUGGGUUGUCACAAAAAAUGAAGGUUGGAAUCGUUCAUUUUUUUUUAAGAGUGACAUAGUUUUCUGUAAAUCAUCAAUUUUUUAAACUUUACAGGUCUUGAAAAAAACAGAGAAGAUGACGUUCCACAGAACGACUGUGAAAAAGAUGCUGCAACAGGAGCGAUAGCAGGUAAUUUCAUUGUUUGUUUUGUCAAUUAAACCAGUAGACUGAGGUUAUUUUCUUCUGUUAAACCACGGUACUUCCGUUUUUUCGGGUGCUUUUAGCUUUUCAAUGCUUAGUGUAGCAUCUCCAAGUAAACUUACGUAAAAUAAUGUUUCCCUCUCCCGCUUACAGACCAAACCAUUUAAAUUUACUGCUAAUUUUAAACUUUUGCAGGUGUUGAAAAAAACCGAGAAGGUGACGUUCUAAAGAAUGACUUUGAGAAAGAUGCUACAACAGGACCGAUAGCAGGUGAUGUCAUUGUUUGCUUUGCCAAUUAAACCAAAGCCAAAAUAUAUUUUUGCAGUAGAGUGAAGGUUACUAACUUACUAGAAUGACUCUGAAGUUUAAUGCUUUGAAUAUUUUCAUUUUAAUUUUGUAUUGAAUUUUAGACUUUUAUUUUUUAGAUUUUCGCAUAGCAUGGAAUUUUUUUUGUUAUUAUUAUUGUUAUUAUUAGCUUUUCAGGAUUUUUUUUAAUUGCAACUUAUGUUAAGCGCUUUUGAAUAUUUUAUAGUUCUAGCACUAUACAAAUUGUUUAUCAUUAUCAUUAUCACUAUUUCCUAUUAAACUGGCUUGAAAUGUCCUCUUCAUGUAUCUUAUUUUGUCUUUUUCAUCUUUCGCUUACAGGUGAACCCAUUUUCCUUGCACUUCAACAAAUCCUGUUGGAAGCACGCAUAGAGUCCAGCAAAACUGAGCUGUCGCAGGCUUUAAAGACGACUGCGUUGAAGAAAGGUUUUGUGAUUUCUGACAAUCAGGGGGAGGGGAACUGCAUGUUUUUUGCACUUUCAGAGCAGCUUGACCUCAUCAAAGGAAUUCAAAUGUCCCAUGAUGAGUUACGUCGAACUAUUGUUCAACACCUUCGGGAAAACCCCAGGCUGGUAAAUACCUUAUUAUUUUUGCUUGGAUGGAUUCAUUUGCGAUCCGUAAGCCGUCGCAUUUGCCCGCUGAAUUUUGUUCAUUGCUUUUAAGGUUAUAAGUAAUAAGGCCCUGUCCACACGUAGCGUAUUUGAAUUUUUUUUCGCCCGUCUGCAUAAAAACGCUGAAAUGAUUGAAAUACGGUAGCAUCCCUCACAGAACAAACGCAUUUGCACUAGCAUAUAAUGUAUGACAUCGUCGUAUUAGAAAGCCUCUGUUUUCGUCCGUCCACACGUAAACGAAAAGUCGACGUUUUCAAAAGUCCACUCUGGGGACCGCUUUCUGGGGACCUGUAUUUUUGGUGCCCGAAAAGGCCGUUUUCGUGUGGACGGAAGGCUAAAGUGUGGACGGGGCCUUAAAUUCCUGCGAUUAAAUGUGACGGCUUUACGGGUAUGCUGCAAAUGAAUCCAUCCUUUAUGAGCAAAACAACAGCUCUGCGUGACCAUCACGCUUGUUUGUACUUUACUUCGUCGUGCACUGCACGACUACCAUUACACUUUCAUGGAAACACCAUCGAAUCUUCUGACUGUCUUAAGUUGCUAGGGGUCACCAUAGAUGAACAGUUGAAUUUUAACACUCACAUUAAUGAAAUAUGUAAGAAGGUGAGUAAUAGGGUAGGUGUAAUGUUAAGGCUCAAAAAACUUGUCCCUACCAGUGCUAAAUUAACUCUGUAUAAAUCAGCAAUAUUGCCUUACUUAACCUAUUGCCACCUGACUUGGCAUUUCUGUAGUGCUACCGACAAAAGAAAGCUUGAACGGGUCCAAGAAAGAGCACUACGCGCAGUUUUCCUAGAUAAGCAAUCAAGCUACCGAGCAUUGCUGGACAAAAGUGACCUAACGACUCUUCAGAACAGAAGACUGCAAGAUAUUGCUAUCCUUAUGUAUAAGGUGAAACACAAACUAUGCCCCAUCAAAAUAUCCGAGCUAUUUCACGCGCAUUGCUCACCCUACAACUUGAGGACGGCAGAGUUCGCCAUUCCCAGAUUUAGGACCAAUAAAUAUGGUAAACACUCGCUCACCUACCUGGGACCAAAGUUGUGGAAUAAGCUACCAAGCGAAUCAGAACUCUCCCAUCAUUAUUUAGUUUCAAAAAUUGUAUUCGUAAAUUUGAUCUAGGUGUAAUGAUAGACGACGACAAUUGUUCUAAUUGCAUCCUUUGUAAUUCUUAAUCUUUUUAAAUCAUUUAUUUCAUUAGUUGAUAGUUACUAGGUUUUUAACUAUAUUAUAUUGUUAGGUUUUUUUUUUUUUUAAUAGUUCAUUAGAAAAUAGUUGGUAGGAUACUAAUUGUGUCCCCAAUUAGUAGAGGGGUUCUUAACCCCAUCGGCUAUAUAUUCCAAGACACAUUAAUAAAGUUUUGUGAUAUGAAACUUCCUCUCGUAAUGCGACGUUUUGUGGAGGACCUUGAACGAACGCGACGAAUUAUUGUUAUUGGCUCCGGAUGCUGUCCUUAGAAUUCAAAUCCUACCUUUUUUAAUUUGAAAAACGCUACAUAAGCGCCAUAAAAAUUUAAAAGAACUCAAAUUCGUUUCCUUUAUCGCAUUUUUGACUCGGAAGUGUAAAUGGACACGGAUUUUAGGAAAUCUGUUUCUGUCGUCUCGAUCGUCUGACUUAUGUCCUAAUUUCUUAUAAUUACGUUAUGUUGGUAAGUAUGAAAUCUUCACCGAAAGCUGCUUUGUCCGAACGGCAUAUGUUUAUAUAGUGAAGUGAAGUGAAGUGAAUACUUUAUUUAAAGAGGGUAAAACUUGAUAGUUACAAUAUCAACUGAUAAACUUGAGGUCCUCAAUACUGGUUAUAUAUGUAGGGUCAUUUCUGACCCAACGUAUUUCCAAACUUUCAUUAUUUCACAGUAAACACCUCUUCCCCUCUCUCUUACACUUGUAACGGACACCUCCCUAAAACGUCCUCAAGUAAUUUCCUUAAAGUGUUGGUCCCUACCGUUCUUAAUUGUUUUUAUUGGACUUUUUAAAAGGCGACUAGUAUAGGAUACACAAGUUAGACCUCGUUUUUGAAGUGAAAUCUCAUUAGUAUGACGCAACAAAUAAAUGUAGGUGACUUCUUUAUCUCAUGAAUAAAAAGGCGGUAGAAUCUCAUCAAGAUAACGUCACGAGCUAUAGGAACUAUUUUUAUGUAGUGUCUAGUAUAACCAGUUAUUCUUACAUUGAUGAUGUAACUUGCAGGGAUCAUGUUCUUAUUUGGUGUGAAUGCUAUCAUAGUUUAUUUCAUUGUCCAUUGCAGACACCCUUUUGGCCUGGUUCCGGUUCACUACUAAAGUGGACAUAUCUGCUCUGGUGCCGAUACCAGCGGGGUCCGCCUUAGAGAGAGCUGACAGCCAACUGCCUGAAUAUAUACCCUCUACAAAAGCAUUCCACCUCUUUCUCUAUAAACUACAGUAUUUUCUUUCUUUUUUUUACAGCCGGAUGGGACAGAACUGUUUCAUUUUGUUGAUGGAUAUCCAUCUUGGGGUGCCUACCUCACAAGCAUGUUGGCAGAUGGUACGUGGGGUGAUCACGUGAUUCUACACGGCGUGGCAAACUGUUUUCAAACGUGCAUCCACGUGAUCAGCAGUCUUCCGCAUCGCCAUGACGUAAUGAUCUGCCCAGAGUUUGAUGUUACUGGUAGCAACCGGCUCGUGCUGGGUCACGUGCACGAGCUUCACUAUGUUAGCCUUAUUCCACAGAUAGUACGUAAAGAUGUCUGA